GUGGCGAUGCGCUGGGAGGCCUUCACUUCCCGUCGGUCUCCGCGCCCCGGGGGGACGCUCUGGCUCCUGGUCUCGAUCGCUGGGGCUCGCGGGGCCGGGGCAGGCUGACGUUGGUAACAAACAUGGCGGCGGGGAGCAGCAGCAACUACUGGGAAGAUCUCAGGAAGCAGGCUAGACAGCUGGAGAAUGAGCUUGAUCUGAAGUUGGUCUCCUUCAGCAAACUGUGCACAAGCUACAGUCACAGCAGCACCCGAGAGGGAAGACGCGACAGGUAUAGUUCUGAUACAACUCCUCUCUUAAAUGGGUCGAGCCAAGACAGAAUGUUUGAAACCAUGGCGGUGGAGAUUGAACAACUUCUGGGAAGGCUUACUGGAAUAAAUGACAAAAUGGCGGAGUACACCAACAGCGCGGGAGUCCCAUCCCUGAAUGCAGCACUGAUGCACACAUUACAGCGUCACAGAGACAUAUUGCAGGAUUACACACAUGAAUUUCAUAAAACCAAAACCAACUUUCUGGCAGUACGGGAAAGGGAAAAUCUCUUGGGAUCAGUACGGAAAGAUAUCGAGUCGUAUAAAAGUGGGUCCAGUGUGAACAAUAGAAGAACAGAGUUGUUCCUGAAAGAACACGAGCACCUUCGAAACUCGGAUCGACUGAUAGAAGAAACAAUAAGCAUUGCCAUGGCAACAAAAGAAAAUAUGACUUCGCAGAGAGGGAUAUUGAAGUCAAUACAAAGCAAAAUGAACACCUUGGCCAAUCGGUUUCCGGCAGUGAACAAUCUGAUUCAAAGGAUCAACCUACGGAAGCGACGGGACUCUCUCAUCCUGGGUGGCGUUAUUGGCAUCUGUACCAUCUUAUUGUUGCUAUACGCUUUCCAUUGACAGACAUUCUCCAUAGACUCUGAUAACCUUAUCUGCUCCCAACCCAUCAAGGAGAAGUGGGUGGGGGAAGUCAGUAGACCUGAUAAACAGCCUGCACAUGAUGGCUGGAAUAUCAGCAUGAUGUCUAAGGUUUAUGGUGGCAGACUUUACAACACUGGUUUUGAGCUGAAGCUGCAGUAUUUCUCCUCCCCUGCCAAAACUAUUUCUUCUUCUUUUGCUUAAAUAUUUUUUUAAAUCCCCUGUCUCACUACAAGGUAAGUAAUAUACAACAUUUAUGAGAAUCAGUAGAGAGUCUUCCCUACUGGAUGAUGGUAAUGAAAUCUGUCAUUGGCGUUUAAGUGAAACAAUUGUUAAGCUUCUCUUAGGUGGAAUUUCUUCAGGAAGCCAGUUUCCCCUGAAGGUCAAGUACAGGACUAGAUACUUUUGCCCUAUAAUAAGGAUAUUGCAGCUUUAAGCCAUCAGGUUGGUUUGUUACUGAAUACAACCUCUACGUUUUUUACUCAUGAUUGAGCUAUUGUGAGUCAUUUCUACUUAACUUGUGCUGUGAAAACUGUGCUCCUUCCCACAAAUUCCUGAGACAGAUAAAGAUUGUUGCAUUCACUUUUUGCACAGAAGAUGUCUGAACUGCUAUCUGAGGAGCACUUACAAGGUUUUUUGUGGCUUUAAGAGGACUCCAGGAAAUAUUUCCAGUCUUGCUUUGGAAAAAGGGAGCAUAGUAUCCUCUCAGUUUUACCGUAGUAUUAAGUCAUUUAAAGUGACCAAACACGCUUUCACCUGAAAGUAAUCUUUUGGGUGUAAAUAUUUUGGUUUUGGCUGAUAUCACAAAAGGCUUCAUAAAGACAUACUAGUUUCAAAAGUCUAUUUUAAUUUAGAUGAAAGGUAUUCUAAUAGCAUUAAUAUUUUUACACUGUAAGUAGGAUGCAGUCUAACCCGUACAUUGGAAAGGGAAAAUACAUCGAUUAUGCCUGAUGGCCAAUGUAUCUGUGAGCAAAAUUGUUAAAUACGUAACUCCUCGUAGUAAAGAGUUAAAUGAAUGCGUGGCUGAAUAUGCAAUUAAGUUUCUUCUCUAGUAUCUGCAAAACACAUGUACAUAGAUUUUUUUUUCAAUUGUUCAUUGUCCAAAAACAGCAGAGAUUUUAGAUUGUUAGCAAAACCUGUUGGGUUUCUCUCUGCAGAUGAGUAUCUGUUAAGAAAUCUAAUGUCAGGAAUGUCUUUGAUAUAGCAAAUCUACAAAUUACAGGUUCUCUCCCCUUUCCAGUUGUUCUAUGCCAUCUUCGCCUGUCUUAUAACCAUAACUAGCAAAACUCUGAGGCACUGGCCUUUUUUCGAAGAACUUGAUUAACUAUUUGCACAACUGACUUACAACACUCCCAAAUUUAAUGCGUCUUCCCAUUAAUCAUAGUUGCCAGAGACGGUCCGGAGACCUUCCCUUGUCUCCAGGUCCUCCUCUGUGCUAGAAGAAGACAGGCCACCCAACAGUUAUAAUUCACUUUAUUACUGCUUUCAUAGUGUAUAUGCAGUACCCUGUUGGAGGAAGUAAAGAAUUGUGCCUGUGUAGUGUGUGUGAAACCACGCAGUUGUAUAAACUGUAUUGUUCAUUUGGACUUGAAAAGGGCUUAUGUGCAGAAUACCAUCUUUGUGCCAAACAGGCUGCAAAGACUCUCUUUGUCGGUUAUUUUUGAGAUUAGAAGGCACUUGCAAUUAAUGCUACUAAAAUUGAGGUUUGUCUUUUUAAAUAAGGGAUGGUCAUUUGGUUGAUUGGGGAAUAUCCCUGGUUUUGAAAUGAAGUGCUCAUUAGGUUUUUUCUGGAUAAAGACUGAAGGAUAAAGGAAAUUUAUUAAUGAAUCUCUGUAUAUCAAAACUCUUCUCCCCUGAUACUUUAUUUUCUUUGAUUUUUCAAAGGGACCUGACUGGCAGUUAUGCUCCAUUAGGGUUUAUAGGAUUUGGUUGCUAUGUAGUUGGCAAUUAUAAGACCUGCAAAUCAUAAAUAAAUUUGUUUAUUUAAUCUGA